AUGGAAUAAAUCACGAUAACUGAUAACAACUGGACAAGUGUUUUCUUUAAAGGAAAUACAGUAUACUGUGAGUGGUGGACAAAUUAACAUGACGAUCAGUGCAAAUAUUUUACUAAGGCGAAGGCUUAAAACCUGUGGUCAAGAUUUGUGCAGCGUCAAAAUAUUGAAAAAACGUCUCCCAAUAUUGGAAUGGCUUCCGAAAUAUAGUGUUUCUUUUUUAAUUCAAGAUCUGAUAGCUGGCGUGACUGUUGGAUUAACAGCUAUACCCCAAGGCAUUGCGUACGCAGUUGUAGCUGGUCUUCCACCAGCAUACGGAUUAUAUGCCUCUCUAACUGCAGGAGUCGUCUAUAUGGUGUUUGGUAGUUGCAAAAGUGUUACAGUUGGACCUACCGCUAUCGUAUCGACGUUAACCGGGAAAUAUGUGAGUGGAUAUUCUCCAGAUUUCGCAGUGUUGGCAGCAUUUCUUACUGGUAUAGCACAAUUAGUCUUAGGUGUUUUGAAACUUGGAUUUUUAGUGCAAUUUAUAUCUAUGCCUGUUAUCAAUGGAUUUACUACAGCAAGUGCAAUGCAAAUCGCAUCAUCUCAGUUAAAACCAUUAUUAGGUUUAAGUGGAUCAUCUGGACAUAAUUUUAGAUUGUCGAUGGGAAACUUUUUCGCAAAUUUUACCACUAUUCAAUUGUGGGAUAGUGUAUUUGGAUUAACUACUAUUUUAAUAUUAGUAUUUCUUAAAAAAGCUGGUGUAGGAUGUAAAAGAAGUGACGGAGUUGUUAAACAAAUGCGAUGGUUUGUCUCGUUAUCAAGAAACGCCGUAGUUGUAAUAAUCGGAAUUGCGGCUGCCUUUAUCGUAAAAAGCCAAUGGGAUAUUGAACCAGCUGCCUUAAUUGGUGAUAUAGGACAAGGGUUACCUAAGUUUGAAUUACCACCAUUCUAUACUGUUGUAGAUGGCGUACCUUAUAACUUUGUAGAAAUGCUCGAGGUCCUUGGUGCCAAAUCUAUUGUAUUACCCCUUGUUGGUAUUUUGGAGUCUGUUGCGAUUGCAAAAGCCUUCGCUGAUGGACUUCAAGUAGAUGCUACUCAAGAGCUUAUUGCUCUUGGACUAUGCAAUGUAGUUGGAUCCUUUGCAAGCAGCAUGCCAGUUACCGGAUCUUUUACUAGAACUGCUCUUAACCAUGCUUCUGGUGUACAAACUCAAGCUGGAGGCGUAGUUUGUGUAAUAAUUAUAAUCACAGCAUUGACACUACUGACGUCCACAUUUGCUUACAUACCAAAAGCUACGCUAGCUGGUUUAAUUAUGACAGCCAUGUUUUACAUGUUACAUACCGACAUAGUUAUAAGGCUUUGGAAAUACACUAAAAGAGAAUUUUUCUUGUUUAUUUUUACAGUAAUAGUAUGUCUGUUUGUUGGGUUAGAAUAUGGUAUUGUAUCAGGAAUAGUAAUGGAAGCAAUGAUGUUAAUGUAUAUAUCAGCUAGACCACGUAUCGAUGUGGAUAUAAAAAAAGAUGGCAAUAGUGAAUUAAUAGUUAUGUCACUGACAGAAAGAUUAGCUUAUUGUGCUGCUGAACAUACAAGGAAGGCUAUCAUCGAUAUUUCUUUUAAAACUGACAAAGGUACUAUUGUUAUAGUCGAUGGAUCAAACCUUCGCAAUAUGGACAUAACAGUGGCAGAUAAUUUGGUGUCGGCUGCUGUUGAUUUCGAAAAGAGUGGACGCAGAAUUUUAUUUUCUGAUUUUGACCCACGAUUAAAAGAUAUGUGCCUUGAUAUUGAUCCAAAUUUGGGCAAAAAUUUUGUGAGUUCAACAAAUUUGAAUGAGUUGUCGAAUGUUGUACAUAAAGAAGUAUAACUGUAGAUACAUAGUAUAGAAGUUGUAUAGUAUAGUAUAGUAGUAUAUAACAUUACUAAGUAACGUCGUUGUAGUAUACUAUAUAUAUAUUUAACAGGAUAAAGUAAACUAAAUAGGAAUAAUAUUUUAGUUGAAUACUUUGUAAAUAUUCUAUUUUAUAUUAUACUUAAGAUGAAAAUGAUAAAAUAUGAAACUUAAGAAGUUGAGUAAAUUAAAUUGAUGAUA